AUGUCUCAGAACACCGAUCACUAUCAAUUGGCUACUCCUACUUCAGCUUCUCCAAGUAAUAAUAAUUCUAAACGGCUUCUAUCACAUCAACGUUUUCUCCCUACCUCAUCCGACUUCAACACACCUUCAUCGCUUGUGAGCACCACUCGAAGUGACUCCCCAUCACCACCAUUUCAUACGAAUCACUAUAAUGACAAGUACGCAUUCACGCUAGAUAUUUCAUCACCGAUGGCUAAAACUAAAAAUGAUCGUAACUUAAAAUCACAAUUUUAUACAUUUGAUAUGGACACAAAUGAUGAACAAAAUCUUCAUUCACCUUUUGAAUUAGAUGUUCCACUAUGUGAGAAUCAAUCAUUAAAAAAAAUUCAGAAUGAUUUUCUUAUUGAUCGAAUGUUAAAAGAUGAAAAUAAUCGAUCUAGUAAUCAAUCUUCAUUUACAAAUGUUCUCAAUCAUACAUCACCUCUAAUGACACCUUCAUCUGAUCAUCAUGAUAUUGAUGCAUUAAGUGAUGCAGGAACCUAUAUCAUUGAAGAUGAUCUUGAUAUUGCACGAGAUGAUGAACCUGAACAAGAUAUUGAACAACAAAAUGAAAUUGAAGAAAAUAAUUCAUCAUCAACUUCAUCUCCUUUUAAACGGUAUGCGACAACAAAAAAAAAUCGUCAUGGAACAUUUGAAAUUCAUGCUAUAUCAUCACCAACAUCAUCAUCAACAACAACGACAUCAACAACGACACAUACUGUUAAUCGUCCAAUUGUAGAUUUAAAUAUUCCAACACAUGAUUUAUCAUCUCCUUCUUCAUCAUCAUCAUCAUCAUCAGCUAAUUUGUCUUCCUCAUCAUCAUUACUUUCAUUACCAACUGAAAGUGAUAAUAGUGUACGUAAAGAACCUGAAGGUGCAUCACAUUAUACUAUCGAUACGAAGUCUUCCAAUGGUGUAAUUUAUGCAAGACAAAGGCCAAAUACUCUUUUACCACAACGUCCUAUAACUCCACCACAAAAUCAAAUUAAACCAGCUGAAUGUUUUGUUAUUUCACCAACGUUCGAAACUAAACCAUUUCCUAAUACAGGUCCACGACGAAAACUUGAUAUUCAAUCGAAACCAAAAUUACCAACAUCGAUUAUACCAACGAAAGAUACACAUUUUGAAAUUCCAUCAAAAAAAUCUCCAGCAUCACCACCACUUUCAGUUCGUUCAAAUCAAAGUGAAACAGAAAGAUUUUCAUUUCGUCUUCGUCAACUACCAACACGUCAAGAUCCUAAACCACAACAACCACGUCAACAAGAUAUUAAACAACAACAAAUACCAACAUCAACUCUUAAAACUUCACAUCAAAAUUCUGAACAUCCAUCAUCUUCAUCAAAAACAGCUGUUCGACCACAUACAACAUCAAGUAAUGAUCAUAGUUAUUCAUCACCAUUUCAACGUAAUGCAACUAUACGUCAAACAAUGCCAGCCAAUACACAAUAUAAUCGACCCAUGUCUUCAUCGACAACAUCAGCAACAUCAGCAGCAAGUAAAUAUCUUGAUGAUACUGAAGAAAUCUUAUCAACACAUCCAAGUUUAACUAAAGUCUAUAUGAAUAAAUCAUUUGCAUUACGUCGACAACGUUCAAAUCUUGUACCAACAACAACAACAAAACCAUCACAACAACAGCAGCAGCAGCAACAACAUCAACAGCAACAAUUGCAACAACAAAUGAUAUCAAAAACAUUACCAACACGUCAAUUAAUAAAACCAGCAGCAACAUCUGUUUUAUUAACAAAUAAUUCAAGUGGACAAACGAAUCGAGCUGUUGAAUUACGUCGUGCACGUGCACAAGCAAAAAUUGAAGAAUUAGCACAACGUACUAGACAACAAUUACAAAAAACUGAACAACAUAAUGAUAUAAUGAGUGCAUCAUGGCAUAGUCAUGCAAGUAAUACAAGUAAAAAAGAUCUUUUUAAUUUACGCUCAAAUCCUCGUACAAAUAAUACUAUUACUACUACUGCUGCUGCUGUUGCUACUAAUAAUAAUAAUCAUCUUUCAUCUCAACGACAAGAUUUAUUAAAAACAAGAACUAUAUCAUCAUCAUCACAUCAUCGUUCAUCAUCAGCAAGUCCAAAUCCACUUGGAGAAACAGCAACAACGGCAUCAACAAUAAAAACAUCAAGAUAUCGUAAAGGAAUGACUUCAAGUGUUACAGAUGAAUCACAAUAUCAAAGAAUGCAUGGAAGUACUUUUAGUGAAGGAGAACGAUGUGAUUCAUUACGAGAUGACGGGCAAAGAUUAGCAAUUAAACUAAUACAACUUUCAUCAGGAAUAUUAUCCAAAUUGAAACCGAAUAAUACAACUGAUGACAGUGAUUCAAAUAUACGGGAAUUAGAACAACUUGUUGAUCAACUACAAACGGUUAAUCGAACAUUGAGUAGAAUUGUAGUUCUAUUAUUUAAAAAAUGUUGUGAUAGUUCAGUUGAUAUUAUUUUAACAUCAACAAAAUCUUCGAUAGGAAAGAUCGAUGAGAAAAAUUUUGAACGUAACUAUGAAGAUUCUUUAAUUGCUUGGGCAGUAGAUGGUCAAUAUUCAAAUAAUGAAAAAUUAAAAAUGGUUAAUUUUAAAGAAAGAUCUGAUUUACAAUUAAUCGGUGCACAAAUUAUUUUUCGACAUGGAGCUCGAACUCCUUACGUUUUACUACCUAGUCUCGAAGAGGUAAUUUAUAGCAAAGAACACAUAGAAAGUUACGUUCCAACAAAGUGGAAUGUAAAAUUAAUUACAAAAAUAGGUGAUAAUAUUGUAUCUAAGGAGAAAAUUCUAUCAGCAAAUGAUAUUAAAACUGAUGGAGUUGAUAAAUUAAAAUCAGUAGCUGAUAUAAAUGUAAGAAAAGGUCAAUUAACAGCUAUUGGAGAAAAACAAUUAUUUCAACUUGGAAGAUUGAUCAGAUCGGAAUUAAUUGAUGAUGAUAAUAGUAAUAAUGGACUACUACCAGAAACAUAUGAUCCAACAUAUGUCUACUGUCGAUCUACAUAUAUGGAUCGAACAAUAAGCAGUGCUCGAUCAUUUCUUGCUGGACUUUUCUCUUCUGUAAAAACAAAUAAUCAAAUACAAGCGAAUGGUUCAUUUGAAAUUGAAGUUCAUCAUUUUCCUGAUGAAGAUAUGUUUCCUAAUCCAAAGAUUUAUCCAAUUCUUAAAAAAUGUCAUACUGUUGCAUCUCUUUAUACAUCAUUAAAUGAUAAUCAUCAAUUAAAAAAAGCUCGACAAGCAUUGUUGAAUCGUAUUGGUUUAACUAGCUCUCAUUCGGGUAUUAUUGAAUUAUAUGAUGAUAUUGUUUCAAGACUAGCUCAUAAUUUUUCUGUUCCAAAAGAUAUUCUGAAAUUAACAGAAGAUUUUGAAGUAAUGUCAGCUCGUGAAUUUGUCUAUAGAGCUACAAAUAUUGAUUUUAAUUUAUUUAUACGUUCAACUUGUGGACCACUUCUUUAUUUAUUAAGAGAAAAUUUUAAUUCAAUAUUGAAAAAUUAUCUCGAACAAAAAGAUAUGAACAUAAAAAAAUCCUAUCAUAAGUUAUUUAUCUAUUCCGGUCAUGAUAGUACAUUAAUUCCAUUAGCAAUGGCAUUUGAAAUUUUCAAUAUGCGAUGGCCAAAAUAUGGUGCAUAUAUUUUUAUAAAAUAUUUCAUUUCAAAAACAGAUCCGAAUGAAACAUAUGUAACAGUAAAUUUUGCGGGUGAUCUACAAAUAUUGCCAAAUUGUCAUGAUUAUUAUUGUCCUUAUUCAACAUUUCUAAAGAAUCUCGAAAAUCGUUUUGAUAAACCGAAAAUAGCAACGCAUUCAUAA